AUGGCGCCCUGCGGGAGCCCGCAGGUCUCCGUGGCUCGUUCGGCUGAAGCACUGCAGCGCUCGUUGAAGACUUCGGACGCACAGCUCGUGUCUCUGGAAAUUGCCAAGGACUUGCGCCUGGCGGAGGCAUCCCUGGAGGAGUUGCUAAGGCACCGGCGGCACACAGCCUUCUACAAGGUGGUGGCCCGAGACCCAGAGGGCGAUGGCAGAAGCUUUUUGUCCAUCUAUGAUGGCACAACCCGAUACAAGUUGGGUAUGACGAUCUACGAUCGAAACGGAGGUUUCUUCGUUCACACGUCCGAGGAGCAAGCGGAGCGGUCGAUGCAAAGCUUCCCCAGACACAGUGCCGCCUGGGCCGUGCCUCGAACAGUGCUGUUGGUUCGUGGGGAAGGGCGAGUGCGCCUGAAACAUGGCAAGGUCCUUUUCGACGGCUUGACGCCCCUGAUGGAGGUUCCAGCCAGCGAAAGGCGGAACGAGAACAAGGCACAGCGGCACAGCUAUACUUCGCAGCCCCUGGAGACGGUGACCUCGGACCGACUCCUCUUCCAAAACGGAGGAUUUGGCACCACCUUCUGGUUUACAGUUCUCUGCCUUAAACUGUUGGACGAGAAGUUUCUUGCGAAUAUUCAAGCAGAAAUGGCAUCACAGAAGCGGCCUCCGUGGAAGUGUGCCCAUUGCCAUGUGAUCAUGAAGGGAACCUUUCCGCGCUGUUGGAAGUGCGGACUGGAGUGGGCGCAUUGCGUCGACAGAGCUUAUGUUCCGCCAGACCAGCAGCAGCAAGAUGGUCAGCCGACCUCCUGGGGCAGCUCGGGCUGGCAACAACAGAAGCCCAAAAGUCCGAGAACUCGCUCCAGAAAGCCUUCACGUUCCAAAUACAAGCAACAAGAUGCUCAUUGGGGAGGAGGAGAUUCGCAUGCACAUCAUGGAAGUGGCUAUGUUCCACAGCCUCAGCCGCACAUGAUGCCUGCUAUGAUGCCGACAAUGCCUCCCAUGAUGAUGCCAUACCAUCAACCCCCUAUGAUGCACAUGAUGACGGACAAGGGACAUGGGAAAGGGGUAGGCUACCCAGCGCCUUUGCCGCCAAUGCCUCCACCCUCGACACCACCACCAAUGCAGCCAUCUACGAGCGCCAUACCAGCUCAAGUGCCCACAUGGGAUCAGAGCAUGCAGAUGAUGCCUAUUCCAGUGCCUCCGUCGGUACCGGCAGCUUCAGUUGGUCCUGCUGGAGAACAAAAGUCGGAUUCCCAGGCCCAAAAGAAGCUCAACAAGCUUUUGUCUGCGAUGAAGAAAGAAGAGGACACUCUUUCGCCUACCUUGCAGUCUAUGGCACACGACAUGCAGAAGAAGGACGAGCGCAACAGUACACAGGAAACCAUCUCUGCAGCGAAGGAGCUAGGAGAUGCAAAAGAGACACUUCUAGAGGAAACCCAGACACAUGUGAUUUCAGACGAAGAGCUCGAAGAUGUGGACACCAAGGAGGAGGAUGUGUACAAUGCGGAAGGAAAUGGGUGCCAAGCCGCCUUUUGGGCCGCCCGGCGUAUCAUGACUCCAGAGUAUGAGCGCCUAGGGCUCACAGUUCCUGCAGCUGUUCUUGAAGCUGCAGUGAUGCAUUGGUCCCACUCCAUAGUCGGUGAGAAGAACUUCACCUCCUUUUGGCAGGCACAACAAGAUGCGUCAGAUCUAGUCCAAGAACUUGGGGUUCAAGAAGGACUACGAGUUGACACAUUCUCUUUGCCGCCACGGAAGAAGUCCGUUAGCUAUCAGGUCACGUUUUGUGAAGAAGUUCAAGUUUUUCUGGGCGAUGAGGAAAACAUGGAGUUCCAACCAGUUUGUCUUCAACAUGAGGCUCUAUCCACAUGGGAUUUGAAGCCCUGGCAGCUCAGACCAAUACCGCUUGCCCCGGACAGUUCACUUCCAGCUCCUCACACUGAAUCUGGUGCACAAGAUGACCGACAUCCUUCUCGUCAGGGGGCGAGACCAGUUCCUGGUUGGCAUCAUGACAUCAGACUUCUGUUGAAUGAGGAGGGACAGGCGGAAGACGAAGACGGGGAGCAGGUAGUUUAUGCCACUUCGUACUUCAUCGAUCACCAUCGACAUCGAUUCCAUGACCAAGCGAGAAUUCUCCGGUUUGAUGAAAACGCAGAGGAAUGGGAAAAUGAUGUCAGAUUUAUCUGGGAAGACCAUGCGGACCCAUCUGUGGAUGUUGACAUCAUCUUGGUACGUCCGACACCUCCUUUCUUUGCGUUCAGCGGCACUAUGGCUGUCGUGAUUGUGCAACAGCGACCUCAACAUGAUCGUGCUGCAUGCCUUAUUACAGCAAUUUUGCCCCUGAGCCCUGACUUCAGACUCAUUGCGACCGCCCACUCCAUGGAGCUUGCUGCCACACAACAAAGUCUCAUACGACUCGCAGGUGUGGAACAGCAAUGCCUUCAUCGAGAACAAAACGGCUUUGGUCCAUGCGUUCUGCAAAUUGGUCUUCAGCGACUUGAUCCAGGGCAGCCAGUACAGAUCAGCCCAGGGCUGGGGAUCACAAUCCGUGUCCCCCCACCCAUGAGUGAAGAAGAUGCAGAACACAAUGUUGAUCUCAGACAUCGGAGACCUGCAGCAAUACCUGAGAGAGCGCCUGCCGAUGAACCAGAGGCCGAACCUGAGGAUACGUCCUUAAUGGCACGCCAACCUCGACCACGACAGACCUCUCCCAGAAGUUCCGAUAGUACCACGACAUCUUCCAGCUCAACCACAAGUCAAUCUUGUCAAGCUGAAGGCAGUGACGCAGACCCGCCCCAUACCAGAAGAGCUGUGGUAUUUCCCAUCCAUGGUGCACCGCGAUCCCUCAUUUUGCCAUGGAAUGAUGGUGAUGCCCUCUUUCAACGUGUGGCGGAAGCUUUUGACCUCCAACCUCAUGAUGUGAGAGAUCUUCACUACAUGCCGCACAGACCUUCAGAUCUUGCACUACAAAAUCUUCAAGGGCUUCUGCUUCAGCGACUGUUUGAACCUCGACCGUCAACAUUUCUCAGACUGGUCCUAGUUGAUGUGGAGACGUAUGAGGACGAUCUCCUCCAGCCAUCAGCAUUUCAGAGAUUUACGAAAUGGCUUCCCCAGACACUGAAUCGACCGUCAGUCUUGAGAAUGCUUGACCUCGAGCACAUUGCGGAACAGUAUGCUUCUCAGACGAGGUUGUGGCACAAUCACUGUCUCAUAGAAGAUCAACAACCUGAAGUCCUGAACAUACAGGAUGGCGACUACAUCAAGGUCUUUAUCGGUGACAGCACUUGCGAGAACAUACGUCUCUCUGAUGUUGAGCUGCCUGACUUAGACCUUGCCAGUAGUCACACUGAAGAUGAAGACUGGAAUGCAUUUCGUGACGAUCAGAUGGCUCUUUUUCAACAGUUUGCCACGCUGGCUGAUGAGUUGAAGCUGUCGCCUGCUUAUGCACAGCUACCUCUGCAGACCUGCAGGGUAGAUGUUUGGCAGCAAACUAUGGCUACCAACUAUAGUAUUCAAGCAGAUGAACCGUUCGAUCGGCGUCCUGAUCUUCCUCAAGAACGUCCUGGCCAAUUGCGACGAGAUGCGAGUCUCCAACAUAUUUGUGCACACUCCCCAACUGCACGAACCACUGCCAGGGAGGACAGAGUGGUACCGUUCGAUACAUGGUUCCUCAACAGCCAUGACCAUCCAAGAUGUGAGAUACCUCGCACUGUGGAAUUGCCACGUGACAGUACUACAUGGGAUGAACUGGUCAUUCAGGCUUGGCAAGACCUCUUUGAUGUGAGAUUUGCCUACAGGAUUGUUCUGGUCAGACCGACCAGUGAACCAUGUCAACAUGCAGGCCAUCUUCUCCUGCUCCAACGAGAACAGCCUGGGGAUAGAGGCGCACUGAUCAGCCUGUUCUGGCAUGAAGAGACCUCAGAAUUUGAUGGCCGCUUUGCCAGACUACUACCUCGGCGACUCCCUUUUCAGAGACUUUUGCAAUAUGCCAGACUUGAUCAGGUGUGCAAUGAGCGUCAGCUACUUUGUCUGGGCUAUCAAGGGCAUGAACACUUGGAUGGGAUCUCUGAUGUGAGCCCCCAGACGGGCAAUCACUUUGAAAUCCAUGCAGCACCAUGGGAAUACCUGGACAGCUUGAACCUGUUUCAGCAAAAUCUUACCAUGAUGCGACCCAAACAACAAGCUCUUGAAUCAGAACCUCCCGGAAGACACGAUGAGGGACAUGAGUGUGCCCGCCCUCAUAUCGAGACUUCCAAUGCCAACUUGCCACCAGUGAUCACGCAAUCAAGUUUUGUCCAGGAGCUAUUUGAGCUCUGGAACCAAGGGGCUUUUGCAUGGGAGAAUGAGGAAAGGUCAGCUCGAGUAGUGACGUACUAUGUCAACCACCAUGAUCUUUUUCCCAGAUGCGAUGCAGGUCGAGUUGCACACCUGGGGGCCAAUUAUGCCACUUGGGAGGAGACAUUGCGGCGAACAUGGCUAGACCGAGUGCAGUAUGUGCAGCCUUUGGACUAUUUUGUGGUCACACCACUGCCGCCUCGACUCGAACACGGCAUCACAGCAUACAUCCUUCUUGUGCAAAAUCGACGUGAUCUUGUCACCAGCUUGGUCUCAGUCAUUGGCACCAAUGGUCGGCUACAAGGACGCAGUGCGGUGACCACCUUUGAGCAGGUCUAUGAUGCCCAUUUGAUUCAAGCACUGGGUCUGCACCAACAAUGCUAUGGACCCAGACCAAUCUUGACCUGUGCAAUUCAAUUUCAAGACCAACAGCUAUUGCCUGGCCAACCAAUCCUUGCAAGGAAUGGCUUUGGAUUCGUGGCGCAUCUCCAGAUCAAUUUUGGACAGCGUGUAGCAGUUGGCAGGAAUCUGGUUCAGCAGCACACCUUGCUGUCGAGGAGUAGAGUAGAAGAUGGCAGCACCACUGAGGAGCCACUGCUUUCGACAGUGUCGAGCCCGGUGAAGUGCGCUCUUCCUCCUCCCAUGGACUACGCACCAGAACAUGUUGGUGCAGAGCCUCAGCAUCUACAGAUGGUCUCCGAUCAGCCGACGCAUGUGGAGAGGACACCGAUGCCUCUUUGGCUACCGUCGUGGUGGAGCUCCUUGCUGCAGCAACUCCAAGAAGAAGGACAAACAGAACAUUUGGAAGAAGGUAGGCAUAGUCCAACCGAAUCCGCCAUUGGCUCCAAUGAGACACCACAGUGUACAUCUCAUUGUGCAUCAGGUAUGACGUUUCAGCUGAAGAACAUGAUGAAGAUUCAAUCCUUCAACUGCCCUGUGAGACAUGAACAGUUUGUGUGCUUCAACCUCACAUGGAACCCUCCUGAUUCAGAAGUCCCCUAUGUGUAUGGAUCUGAGCAGGGACAAGAUAUGGAUUUGGCGUUUCUCCACACCAGCACAACUGGCCCCAUGACGACGAAAGAUCACAUGCGCCUCCUCCACAAACGAGGUUGUACAAAAGCUGCAAUCAUUGCAGAUGAGAUUGUAUGGAAGAAGAUCCACCAGGUCAUCUUCACCAGCAAUCAUCCAACUUUGAACCAACCUGCUGUUGAGAGAGUCAUGACCCCGUGGCCUUUGCGACAACCACGUGUGGAGAAUGAUUGCAGUCCAUUUAGUAGCCAAGAUAUUGAGGAUGGGACCAGCUCAUGCUACCUCACUCUUGGGUGUACUAUGCAGGAACUUGAGGCUCUUUUCCAAAGCGGUGCAAACACGUUGUGCACGGACUUAUCUUCUUUUGAAAUCCCUGACACAACAGCCGGAGCUUUAGAGAGUUGUACCACCAUUGACCGCAUCGAUCGAUUGGUCAUCUUCACAGACGGAUCAUCCAUUGGAGGUCUCCGGCAUCAACCUCCACAUUUGACAGAUGAACAAGGAUGUCCAGAUUCAUGGGCCUUUGUGGUCCUUGCUGAACAGUACCUUGAGGAUGGCACGUCUGCAAUUCAAUUCCUAGGAUGGCAAGCACAACCAGUGAGGUACGAUAACGAUAGCCCAGCUUUUCUAGGCACCUGCCACACUGGCUCCGAUGCAGCCGAGCGUGAGGCUAUGUUCUGGGCAUCAUUCUGGCGGCUCACCAACAAUUCGUUUGUGCCCACUGUAUUUUGCAGCGAUUCCAGGGUGACGUGUCUACAGGCCACCGGCCAAAUGGGCACCAGUGCCUAUGAUGAAACCUUCCAAUGUUUGCGAGGCACACAUCAAGCUUUGGAGGCCUUUAUGCCGACUGGCACUUUGAAGGUUCAACAUGUACAUGGCCACGCCAAUGACCCGUGGAACGAUUUGGCGGACCUCCUUGCGAAACGUGUCAGAACAGAAGGAUACUACCUGCCGCGACAGCCAGUAUCCCUCAUCAAAUGGAAACCUCUGAUUCCUUUCAUGUGGAUGCUCUUUAGCAAACACAGUGGCCUACCCAAGCUCACAUUGCAGGGCUUCGAUGUGACCGCGCCUGCACUGCCGCCUGAAAUGCCGAUUGACUGUGAUGAGUACAAGCCGCCAAAGCACCGCGCCAUCAAGUAUACCCUGAGCUUAGCCACAGCCAAUGUUCAGUCCCUGCUGAGUAGAGUUGAAAAUGGAUCAGGCCACACGGGGAAGACCCAGUACCUGAGGGAACAAUUCAAAGCUCAUGGCCUCCAAGUUUUGGGUGUACAAGAGGCACGUACGCCACAAUCUUGUGGUACACAGGAUCAGGUGCUCCGUAUCAGCUCGGGACAUCAAAAAGGACAAUAUGGUGUGGAGCUCUGGAUUGAUUUGGAGAGGCCGUAUGCAUAUGUGGAUGGCCGUCCCAACUUCUUCGCCAAGCACAACUUUGUGGUUCUCUAUGCGGCCCCCAGGCUCCUGAUUGUUCGAGCGCAAGCGGAACACCUAGCUGCCACCUUCGUUGUUGCCCAUGCACCACACAGUGGCUACACGAGAGCUGAUCGGGAAGCAUGGUGGCAGACUUUAUCAGACCAAAUCACGAACUGCAACACUGUGGCAGAGGAGAACCUGUAUGUGUUGAUUGAUGUCAACGCCACUGCAGGACCUAGUGAUCUUUGCCAUGUCGGUCCACGAGAAGAUGCACCGUCUUGCAGUACGCGGUAUUUCAGGGAUUUCCUUUCCAAGCAUGCCUUAGGGCUUCCUGCCACCUUUCCAGUACACGAGGGUCCCAUUGUGUCGGAGCAGAGAUCCAUUGGGCAGCCAAAAUUUCAGAGAGAAGACAUUCGCCAGGGUUGCUUGACGAGGGCUUUGCAAGAUCAUGAGGUGCCUGAGUGGGCAUGUGACAUUGAGAAACACGUGCAGCACUACAAUGCGAGCCUGACGCAGACCUUGAAGGAGCAAUGUCCCAGGCGCAAACAGGGGCCCAAGAAGUCGUACAUUACGGAUGAAAUUUGGGCCAUCAGAAGUCAGAAGCUCGAGUGCAAGGCUCGCCUACGCGAACUUCGAUCGCGUGUCCGACGACAUGUACUACAUGGAUGCUUUCUUCAAUGGAGGGCCCAGGAUGCUGAGCAGGAUGUGGACCUUUGCCACUUUAGCUACCACACCACACUGCUUUGUGGGAGUCUGAGAGUCACUUUGCAACUUCGGGUUGCCGCAGCCUCACUCAAGCGCAAACUGGUGAAGGCCAAGACUGUGUUCCUGCAACAACACCUUGACAAUCUACCUCAAGACGCAGCAGCGGGCCAGAUCCUACAGCUGCUGAAGCAGAUCGCCGGCCCGACCAAUCCAAAGAAGCAAAUUUCGACUGUUUUUCCUGCUGUGCGGCAUGAGGAUGGAACCUUAUGUACGUCCCCGACACAGACGGCGAACAGGUGGAUCCAGUUCUUUAGCGACAUGGAAGGAGGAGUUCGCUGCACAAUGAAGCAACUUCAUGCCUCUUGGCGCCGACAUCUGGACACAUUUCAGCAGCAACAGUUCAGCUUGGCUCUUUCGGACCUUCCCAGCUUGUGUGAUCUCGAAAGAGCUUUUGCCAGAGUUGCAGCAGGGAAGGCCAUAGGGAAAGCCCUGCAUCGAGCGCUACGGCAACAUCAUUCUGGACUCUAUGAGAGUUGGCUUCAAUCCCAACAGAUCGGCGGGCGCUCUCACAUCCCGGUCGGCCUGGGCAUGCACCAAGUGCGAUCGUUCCUCCGUAUUGACAGGAACAAUGGUUGCAGCAGUGGCAUCCUAUUUCUUGACUUGCGUGAGGCCUUUUAUCGAGUCCUUCGUCCUCUCGCUCUUCAGUCAGAUUGGAAUGAAGAGGAGCUCGCAACGGUUGCACAACGGCUCAACCUGCCUGCUGGUACGCUCCAUGAACUCCAUAGACAUCUACAGGAACCAUGCGCAGUUGCCCAAGCAGGACUUCCACAUUACAUCCAGAACUACAUCACGGCGAUCCACACGGACACGUGGUUUCAGAUGAAACAUCAGAACGACUUUGUCAAGACCACCAUUGGGUCGCGGCCCGGAGAUUGCUACGCUGAUGUGGUGUUUGGAUUUUUGUGGAGUCGAGUCCUUCAAAGGGUUGAACAAGCGCUGGUGAGCCAAGGAGCCUUAGAGACCUUUCCUGUUUUGACAGGGCUGGAUCUCUAUAGUCAGGAAUGUCAGCAAGACACUCAACGCACAUUUUUAGGCCCCAAUUGGAUGGAUGACCUAGCUGUGUGUGUGUCAGCUGAGACGAGUGACCAGUUGAUUGACAAGCUGGGCCCCGUCAUCGGCACUCUUUUGGAAUGCUGUUGCGACCAUGGCAUGACGCCGAACUUGCAGCCUGGCAAGACUGAGCUUCUCCUGGCCCUCAGAGGUAGAGGCUCUAGAAGAUGGCGCAGACACUUCUUCGGACCUUCGAACGGCCAAACUUUUCCUGCCUUGGGGGAGCACAAAAGUUUCGAGGUUCAUGUUGUGGGAGCCUACAAACACUUAGGAGGCAUCAUCCAUCACUCCGGCAACCAAAGCAGAGAAGCGCAGCAACGCUUGGCCAUGGCACACCAAGCGUUGACGAGACAUCGUAAACUUCUGCUUCACAAUCCUACCAUUCCUUUUUCCAAGAGACAGGAAUUAUUUGAAUCCCUUGUGCUCAGUGCGUUCACGUAUGGCAUGGAGUCCUGGUUCUUUGCUGAGGAGAAGUCCAAGAUCAUGCUCCAUAACGGUAUCAUGAAGCUGUAUAGGCGUUUCUUGAGACUGCCCCAUGACGCCAACCUUUCCGACGACCAAGUACUUGCACAAGUCGGUAUGCCGUCCCCGACUGAACUAUUGCGUCGAGCUCGAUUGAGAUAUCUGGCCACGCUGUACGGCUGUGGACAAGCAGCGGAAUGGGGAAUGCUUUUUCAAGACCAUUCAUGGAGAGAACUGGUGCGAGAUGAUCUACAAUGGCUUUGGCAUCAACUCAGUAAUAGCAGCUCCCUCCAGGAUCCAAUGUAUCAUUUCCCUGCAUGGGAAUACCUCUUGAAGUAUCAUCGUGGAUAUUGGCGGAGAUUGGUCACACGAGGGCUCAAGCAUGCCGUUCAGCAACGCAAGAACACAACAUGGAUUGCUGACUUCCACCACCGGAUUUUCCUUGCACUCCAAGAGCAUGGGACCCUGGCUGUGGAAGAAACAACAUAUGUGACACCUUUCCAAGAACACAAGUUCUACGGCUGCCUGAAGUGCCAACUGCGAUGUGCAAACCGAGCAGGCGAGGGUGCGCAUUUUUUCAAGGUACAUGGAGUGAUCAACCCCAUGAGAUACCUUUUUGACACCACGCAGUGCCCGAUUUGUCUCAAAGAGUACCACACCAUCGCGAACAUGCAGGCACAUCUCCGAAGAUCGCAAGCAUGCCGCGAGCAGCUGCAUGGAGCACGACAUCGAUGCAUACCAGUGCCAGGUAUCGGAUCCAGUCAGUGCCAAGAGCAACGACGCCGACAUGAUGGUCUUGUGCCGCAUCUACAGGCUUACGGGCCUAGGCUACCUCCUGGGCCACGCCGACCAUUUGAUGCAGAAUGUGGUGAUGUUAUCACUCUCAUUUUUGAUCAAGCAAGCCUGUCGCAAGACCCUGAACAUUUGGAAGCCGGCAUUCGCCAAGCUGUUGGAGAGAUGCAGAUUUCGUGGACUGCGUUUACAGAGACGCUUUUGUAUUGCAGUGCCAAUUUGACAGGGGAGAUCCUGACCGACCUGGGCCGCCCGUUACAGCAGAUGCAGACGCUUUUGCGACGCCUUGGUGAUGCAGAGACGUGGCCAUUUCUGGGUUGCAGAGGCAAGCGAAGACAUGCAGGGCCUGAUCGAGUAGCACACUAUGAAGAGUGGUGCCACCGACUGUGCGACUCAGACAAGCCUGUUUGGGAGGCUCUUUCGGCUCCGCGACCCAUUGGACGAGAACGAGUCAUUUUGCAUGCCUUCAGUGGUCGUCGUAGAAAGGGUGACUACCAGUGGUAUCUGGAGCAGUUGCUCUCUUCAGGACAGGAAGGGUUGUCUUUGUAUGUUGUAUCCUUAGAUAUUGUGAUUGACAGCAAGUACGGGAAUCUAGCUGAUCCUGACACUAGAGGGUUUUGGCUGUCACACAUUUUUCAAGGGUACGUGCACGGUUUCCUGGGGGGACCCCCCUGUUGCACCUUUUCCAAAGCAAGAGCUGUUGCGAUUGACCGGGCACUCCAUCAUCGAGCCCCAAGACCAGUACGAUCAGCUGAUGAGCUCUGGGGCUUCUCUUCUCUGGCGCUUCGAGAGCUUGAUGCAGUUUUGGAAGGCAACAUUUGGCUCAGCUUUUGCAUUGAGGCGAUCUUUGCUCUGACGAUGAUGACACGCCAGGGCUUGCUCGAGCAUCCAGCGGAGCCGGAGGGUGAGCACGCGCCUUCGAUCUGGAAGCUGCCAAUAAUUCGUCUCUUGCUGAGCAUGCCGAAUGUACAGAAGGUUGAGUUCGCCCAAGGCCUUUUUGGAGCUUCCAGUCGUAAGCCUACGACGCUCCUUGCGGCAAACUCCCAUGAUCUAAUUCAGACCCUGCGGAAGUGGCACAUCACUGAUGACAAUCCCAGGGCCACUAAUAUAGGCAAAGACGAGAGCGGGCAAUUUCGAACGGCGCACUUGAAAGAAUCCCCGCCUGCUCUCUGCGCCGCUUUAGCAGAGUCCACUUGGAAUGCAACGUGCUUGACACCAAGUGAUGACAGUACAGAUCUGCCAAAGCCUUUUUGUGAUGUCUGUCAACAACUGACAGUCACAGAGUUCGGACCGGCCCCCAGGAUGCUGCCACAGGUGGCCGGCAAGGCCUGGUACCAUGGCUUCGACGCCUUUCGCAAGGUGCCCAGCGAUCUCUCCGAGGCCAGCAUCACGGGGGCCGUGAUGACCUUGAUGGCCGUGGUUGGCACGUGCUUGGCGCUCUUUGCCUGCGAAACCAACGCCUUUCUGACGGAUGCGCCCACCACACGGCUGGUCGUGGAUACCAAUGAGGAUGAAUUGCUGAAAAUUCAUUUUGAUAUUUCGAUGAUUGAUAUGGACUGCGACCAUUUGACGGUUGGAAUUUGGGAUGCCUUUGGCACGGAGCGAUUCAACAUCAGCAGAGAUAUACGAAAGCAGCGAGUUGAUCAUACAGGUAUGAACAAGGGCAGAGCAUACAAUGAGGAAGAGUUGCUGGAGCUUGAAUUUGGCGAUCGCAGUUUUACUGCUGAAGAACUGGCAGAGUUGGAUUCUGACUGGGGAUCAUCCAGUGACAAGUUCAAACAUGAUAACUUUCAGGCAGUUGUGGACGCACACGAUUUCACGAUGAUCAAUUUUUAUGCCGACUGGUGUGGCCACUGCCGACAGUUUGCACCAACCUGGAAUGAGCUGGAAACCUCCGUCAAUGAACGGAAGAUCUUAGCAGUAGAUGCGGAUGGCAAAGCCGCCAACGUCCACUUGUUGAAGCUCAAUUGUGUGGACUUCGAAGACACCUGCGGAGAGCAGAUGAUUCGUUUCUACCCCACCGUCCGCCUCUACCGUCGCGGUGGCGUCACUGGUGGCGGUGGCAAGUCCGGUCGAUUGGGCGGCUUUGAGGAGUACCGCGGGGAGUACAACGUGGAGGCACUGAGUAGCUGGAUGAAGGGCGAAAUCGUCAAGAGACAUCUGCAUACGGGCGCCAAGUACCACAAUAUCUUCAGUGAAGGAUGUCGCAUCUUUGGCACGGUGGAUGUGGCUCGAGUGCCUGGCACCCUGCACUUCCAGGUUGGCAAGUCCAAAGAGCGAGACAUCAACCCCGCCUUCACCAAUGUGUCCCACACGGUGCAUCACCUAACUUUCGGCGAUGCGCCAAGGAGUUUGAAGGCGAAACUCCCAAGGCAAUACAGCCAACAUGUGGAUCCCUUGGCCAAGCAGACCUUUGUGGCGGACAAGUUCCACAAGGCCCUGAGCCACUUUAUCAAGGUGGUACACACCAGAUUCGAAGACUCGGGUUUUCGAAGCUAUCAACAGACUCACCAGUGGAGUGAGCAGACCAUCCAGAGGGGAACGACACCUCAGGCCAAGUUCUCUUACGACCUGGCCCCGGUGGAGGUGGUGGUGGGCAAGGCUGAACGACGCUGGUAUGACUACAUCACGCAGAUCUUUGCGAUUACUGGUGGCGCUUUCACCAUCAUGUCCUUGGCCUCCAGUUUCUUAAAACUGUCAACGCUACAGGUGAAGCGGAUGUUGGACAAGAUGCAAUGA